CACAAAAUCUGAGAAGAGAACCACCCUCAUCUCUGCUUACAUGGGAAUCUACUUAGACUGACUCUCGAGAACACCCACCACCCACCCUACCAAUAUUUAGUAUGUAAACUGACGCGGAGCAAGAGGGGGAGGGAAGAGGAAUCCAGACCGAAUAUUGGGAAGAAAUUUGGGUGUGAAAUCUUGAACAUUGAAGUACGGAAGAGUCCAUGAUGCUCAGACUGUAUGAGUGAGAGGCAGAGCCAGGGACAACUACUCAGCUCCAGUCCCUCAGCCAUCCUUACUCUGACCAGCUCCGAUUUCUGGCGAUUUUCUCUGGCAGACUUUCCACCCUCCCUUCCCAACCCCCCUCCCCCCGCCCCCCGCCCGCUUCUUCAGAGAUCCAGUGCCUGGAGGGGGCCGGAGCUAGGAAAACCGAAGAUGAAGAAGAAACUUGGUCUUUCUGAAUAUCUUGGGCCCUGGACACUCCUUCUGAAUGCACUUUCUGGAAAAAGCUUUGGGCAAACUUCACUACAAGAUGAAUUAAAGGACAAUACCACUGUAUUUACAAGAAUUUUGGAUCGACUCCUAGAUGGUUAUGAUAACCGCCUAAGACAGGAUUGGGAGAGCGUGUAACUGAGGUGGAAGACUGAUAUCUUCGUCACCAGCUUCGGACCCGUCUCAGACCAUGAUAUGGAAUAUACAAUAGAUGUAUUUUUCCGUCAAAGCUGGAAGGAUGAGAGACUUAAAUUUAAGGGACCUAUGACUGUCCUUCGUUUAAAUAACCUAAUGGCAAGUAAAAUUUGGACUCCUGAUACCUUCUUUCACAAUGGGAAGAAAUCUGUGGCCCAUAACAUGACCAUGCCAAACAAGCUGCUUCGCAUUACUGAGGAUGGCACCCUGCUGUACACCAUGAGAUUGACUGUGAGAGCUGAAUGUCCAAUGCACCUUGAGGAUUUUCCAAUGGAUGCCCAUGCCUGCCCAUUGAAAUUUGGAAGCUAUGCUUACACUAGAGCAGAAGUUGUAUACGAAUGGACCAGAGAACCAGCACGGUCAGUGGUUGUAGCAGAAGAUGGCUCUCGCCUAAAUCAAUAUGAUCUCCUUGGACAAACUGUGGACUCUGGAAUUGUCCAGUCCAGUACAGGUGAAUAUGUUGUCAUGACCACCCAUUUCCACUUGAAGAGAAAGAUUGGUUACUUUGUUAUUCAAACAUACUUACCUUGUAUAAUGACGGUUAUCCUCUCUCAAGUUUCUUUUUGGCUCAAUCGAGAGUCAGUCCCAGCAAGAACUGUAUUUGGAGUGACAACUGUGCUUACUAUGACCACCCUAAGUAUCAGUGCCAGAAAUUCUCUUCCCAAAGUAGCCUAUGCCACAGCCAUGGAUUGGUUUAUUGCAGUGUGUUAUGCCUUUGUAUUUUCAGCAUUGAUUGAAUUUGCCACUGUCAACUAUUUUACCAAGAGGGGUUAUGCUUGGGAUGGCAAAAGUGUUGUUCCUGAAAAGCCAAAGAAAGUGAAAGAUCCUCUGAUUAAGAAAAACAAUACCUAUGCUGCCACAGCAACAAGCUACACCCCUAACAUCGCUCGGGGGGAUCCUGGGUUAGCCACAAUUGCUAAAAGUGCAACAAUAGAGCCCAAAGAAGUCAAGCCUGAAACGAAACCACCAGAGCCCAAGAAAACUUUUAACAGUGUCAGCAAAAUUGACCGAUUGUCAAGAAUAGCAUUCCCAUUGCUUUUUGGAAUCUUUAAUCUAGUCUACUGGGCUACCUAUUUAAACAGAGAGCCUCAGCUUAAAGCCCCCAACCCACAUCAAUAGGUAUUUUAACUUGCAUAGUCUUGUUCAAUAUUUCCACACUGGGAAUUGCCUUCCGUUCUCAACACAGUAAUUCCCAUUUGCUUCAUUGCCUCUGUCUUAAAGAAACUGAAGGUUUCCUUAUUUUAAGAAUAAAUCAUAACAGAACAAGAAACCCUGUAUGUUAAGUCCAAAGCUGUGUGGUAAAUACACCUGGGAAACCGGAUUUUGAGAGAGGGAGUGGAAAAAAAACAAAAAAACAUGAUCAUGGAAAAAAAAAAGGAGACAGAGAGAGAGAGAGAGAGAGAGAGAGAGAGAGAGAGAGAGAGAGAACAAAGAAGAGAGGGAAAGUGAAAGAAGUAGUGAAAAAUACUUAAUGAUCUAACCAAAUUUUAUGUAGAUAUUAUAUUGCCAAAUUCCCUAACAGAGACACUAUAUAUGUCAAAAUAUUUUUAUGCAAAUGGUUUAAGGAAAAA